CAAGUUUUGGCACAGUAUAUUGCAGAUUCUGGAAAGCAAUUAAGCUCCUUCAAUAGAGCUUCAACCCGUUCUCGUCUUGGAAUGCGAAAUAAAUCCCACUGAUUCCGAAUGCGGUUGACCUAGAGGGGCCGGGUGACUAAGCACACGCGCCAAACAUUCCCCGGAUCGCCCCAGUUCCAACACACUUGCCGGUGGAGGUCAAACGACCCCACACGGCAGAGACGUGGUCCCCGACAAACACCUUUCGCGUUUCCAAAAACAACACUUGUCGAACAUCACGAAGACGCGCAAGUUGUUCGACUUAGCAAUCCACCCAAUUCUUCGAGUCGCACCUCCCUUAGGCCCCCCCUCCCCUCCCCCUUUCACGAAAACAACCCCAAGUAAACCAGAAACCCACAAUGGUCUCCACGCGCUCCUCCUCAGGCGCGCUACCCCCAGCCCCGGCCGCCCCAACCAAGACCCCGCGCAAGCCCGGCAGCGGGCGACCGCCGUCGUCGCGCAAGUCCGCCUCCUCCUCCUCCUCCCCGGCCGGGUGGUCGCACACGCCCAGCACGCUAACGCUCCUGUGGCUGGGCGUGUCCCUGCCGCUGGUGGCGUGGGACACGGGGUACGUGCUCCUGCGCCCGCGGUCGAUGCCGGGCGGCAGCCUGCACUGGCCGCUGUGGGCGCCGUACGCGCUGUACGGCCAGGUCGACCACAUGUACGGGCUCAAGCAGUGGAGCGCCGGGAACGGCUUCACGGCCGCCCAGGGAACCCUCAACCUCGUCGAGUCGGCCCUGUACGCCGCGUACCUGUGGCUGUGGUACUCGCGCGCCGUGGGGGGCGGGGCGGGGGGCGGGAGGAGGGCGCUGGUGGGUAGGGCCGGGGGGUUGGCUUUGGUGGUUGGGUUUAGCGCGGCCGUCAUGACGCUUAGCAAGACGGUGUUGUAUUGGCUGAACGAGUACUUCUCGAGUUACGAUAACAUUGGGCAUAACAACCUGGUGCAGCUGAUCUUCUUGUGGAUCAUCCCGAACGGCGCAUGGCUUCUCUUCCCGACAUUCAUGAUCAUCGGAAUGGGAUCCGACAUCAUUGAAGGGCUGGCGGCCGCCUCUGAAGCGGGCGUCAAGAGUGAGUAAGGGCAUCGAAGGCGUGAGGCUGUCCAGGCGAUGGCGCGAAACGGAGUGUAAUGGGAUGGCGGCACGUGCCCGUAAUGCUUGUACAUACCAUGUCUGAUGAUGGGCACGAUAGUGGAUCUAUGCCGUGUCGGUUGGAAUGACUUUGAAUAGGACGAAUACGAGUGCAGCGCGUAUUUGUGCGUUGCGUGAACCUUCAAAAGUAGCCUCCAUGGGUGCAUUUCCAUGCACGAAGCUGCACCUGUCACCUGGUCGUAUCGGGCCGAGCGAAUAAGGUUGGAUGAUCGGCUGUUCGAUGCUGGUGCGAUUGACUUUCCACGUUAUGAGGGGUGGGAGAUGGGAUCGAUGUAGACAGGCAUCAGGUGAAAGCCAAGCUC